AUGUCUGUUAAUGCUUUUUCUGAACAAACUCUAACAGAAGCUGAAAGCAUCAAAUCACCAGUUGUAACAAGAAACGACCAUUACUUAAAUAGUCCAAUAAAUAGAGCAGUCAGAAAUACGUCCGAUAAAGCCAAUAAGGCGCUCAAUGUCAUUGAAAUUCGUUCUCAUAAGAAUUCGUUCCACAAUGACGGCGAUCUUAAAGAACGAAAACAUCGUGUUGAAAUGAAUAAUGGUACUGGGUCCACUGAACCUAUACCUAAAACUAGUCAGAAUAUAACUAAAUUGAGCCUGUUACCUUUAUUUUUAGAGUUUAUAUUUCAUAAUAAAGUUAAUGUUAAACCAAGUUCAACGGAAACAACAACAUUGAACAGGACACGCAAAAGUGUAAUUGAGAUACCAAAAUCUACAGAUACUAAAAGUGCUAUAUCAACAUAUUCUUUGGAUAACAUGGGAAAGAAUGUCGAAGAUACCUACAAACCAAUUAUCGUAUCGGCAGCAGAAAUUUACAACAAAUCAGACAUCAUGUCUUUUAAGGGAUCUCCUAGUAAUAAUCUAGAUGGGGUUUUAGAGAAAAGUCGCCUUACAAUUGAUUUAAAAGGAAAUAUCAUUGCAACCGAUAUCCCAUGUCACGCAUUUUUAGGCACGAUAUUUAGCAAUGCCGCGCAUCACAGCCAAGAAGAAAGUGUUACUGACUUCAUAAUUGCUGAACUCACAGUAUUUUGUAAAGGCCUUUUAUCUUCAUGUAUGGGUAUUGAUUUAAUUUUAUUAUAA